GCAGCAGCUCCCUCAGCUCACAGGAGGACGAUGCUGCUGCUGCUGCUUGUGUCGGCCGUCGGGCUGAACUCAGCCUCCGCUGCUCAGCUGGGUGUGGUGCAGACGGAGGGGGGGCAGGUGCAGGGUCAGAGUCACAGGAUGGGUCUGUUCAGGACUGUAGACGUCUUUAAAGGAAUCCCCUUCGCUGACGUCCCUGGAACGUGGGAGAAACCGAAACCUCAUCCUGGAUGGAGCGGAAUCCUGAAGGCCACAAAGUAUCGGGACCGCUGCCUUCAGGUGAACCUGCUGCAGACGAAGACCCGAGGCAGCGAGGACUGUCUCUACCUGAACGUCUUUGUUCCACAGGGACGGAAAUUGGCGACCCACCUCCCAGUGAUGGUCUACCUGUUCGGCGGGGCCUUCAUGUUGGGCGCCUCUAACGACGCUGCCAUCCUCGGAGACUCUCUCUACGACGGGAAGGAGAUGGCCGACCGAGGCGGAGUCAUCGUGGUCUCCGUGAACUACAGAGUCGGGACGCUGGGGUUCCUCAGCUUCGGAGACGCCCGACUGCCAGGUAACUACGGGCUGUGGGACCAGCACGCUGCCAUCGCCUGGGUCCGCAGGAACAUCGAGGCGUUCGGAGGACACCCCGACAACAUCACCCUGUUCGGCCAAUCAGCCGGAGCCGCCAGUGUCAACUUCCAGAUGCUGUCCCCCUACAAUAAAGGGUUAUUUCGCAGAGCCAUUUCCCAGUGUGGUGUGGCCCUCAGCCCCUGGGCCCUGCAGACCAACCCCAUGUCCCUCACCAGGAAGAUCGCCCGGAGGGUGGGCUGUCUGAGGAGCGACGAGGACGAGAUGCUCACGUGUCUGAAGAUGAGCGACCCGGUCGGCCUCACCAUGGCGGGAAAAAUCGACGUGUUGCUCAUUCUCGGAAAAGGUGUGGUUAUGGAUCUCAUGGAACAUGCUCCGGUGGUUGAUGGUGACUUUAUCCCUGAUGAACCGAGCCGUCUCUUCCAUCACGCUGCUCACUUUGACUUCAUGGCCGGAGUCAACAGCAUGGACGGACACAUGUUCGCUGGAGUCGACGUCCCUUCCAUCAACAAAAGAAACGGAAACACCACAGUGGAGGACGUGAGGGGUCUCCUCGCAGGUCUCACAAAAGAAAAGGGGAGUGCCGCCGUGGCCUCGGCCUAUCAGGCUUACUCUUCACACUGGGGAUCGUUUCCAGAGCAGGAUGUGGUGAAGAAGACGGUGGCAGACAUUGAAACCGACUUCCUGUUCCUGGUCCCCACACAGAUCGCCCUCCAGCUGCAUGCCAACCACUCCAGUGGAGCUCGUACCUUCUCCUACUUGUUCAACAUGAAGACACGGAUCCCAGGAUUCCCUCGCUGGGUGGAGGCGGAGCACGCAGAGGACUUACAAUACCUCUUCGGUAAACCCUACUCCACCCCCCUGGUCUACUUCCCCCGACACCGGGAACUGUCCCAGUACAUGAUCGCAUACUGGACCAACUUCGCCAAGACUGGUGAUCCCAGUAAAGGCGACAGUAAGGUCCCAGUUCCUUGGCCCCCCUUCACCACACAACACAGACCCUACCUGGCAAUCAACCACCAGAUCAGCAAGUCCUCUGUCAGCUACAACCUGAGAUCAGACCUCGUCAGCUACUGGACUCAGACCUACAGCAGCCUGCCGUCCAACAAGAGAGAAGAAGAAGAGGGGAACUGACCCCACGUCUGAUUUCAAUCAGAAACUACUGCAAUUGUUUGUUAAUGUCUGAAUGAUACGAAUUUAAUAAAAGUAGACAAAUAUCAAUAGUAAAUCAUCAGUGAUUAAUCACAUUAAUCACUUUUAAACACUGUUCUUCUCUGAAUAAAAGGACCUGGACUCUG